AAAACUUUAGAAGCAGCAAGUUGAUAGCGAUAGCUUUGUUCAUUAUCUAAACGAUUGUGUGAUUGGUACACAUGCUCAAAUUUCCAGAAGGCAGUAUAGUCUAAAGUUAUCAUUUUGAUAGGCUGAAAUCUUGUGAAAAGAAUCUGUGACUUUUGUAUUCUGAAUUUUCAAUUAAAAUUUGAUUGUGCGAAUUGCUCAAAUUCUUCAGAGAUUUUGGGUACAAAUUGGGAGGAAACUUGGGGGUGGUAACGAAAUAGCGUGCGUGCAACGAGUGGCGCACAUUGCGCAACUCCAACCAACCGCUAAAAAGUGACGGCUGAAUGGUGCGGUAAUCUGUGAAAAUUGAAUGGAAAUUAAAAAAGUACACAACUGUAGGAAGUUAACCAACGUUAGUAAGGAAUAUCAAAAAAUAAGUUAUGAAGAAACGUGCAAGUGGCUCACGCGGCAGCAGUUCCCCCGAUGAUAGUGGCGCUGAAACUCGAGGUGGUAUACACGCAAAUACCAACAGCAAUGAUACCUGUGCGCCCUCCACAUCCGCCAAACAACGUAACUCAUCGUCUAUUUCAAAGGAUAAAGGACUUGACGAGUAUGCCGAGACAUUUGUAAUUGUGAAUGAACGACCGGUGGAUGAUAUUUCGCUUGAUUUCUUCUAUAAACCUCAUACAAUAACCCUAUUCGCCAUUUCAGUACUAUUUAUGAUGUUUUUUGCUUUUGUCAGGAAUGAAACAAGUAUUGAAGAUAACAUCUGGGCUGGCAUAUUGUGCGUUGUGUUCUUCUUCCUAAUCAUUUCUUUAUUGGCAUUCCCGAAUGGACCAUUCACCCGCCCACAUCCAGCAGUAUGGCGUAUCAUAUUCGGUUGUUCGGUAUUAUACCUGCUGAUGCUGCAAUUCUUCAUGUUUCAAAAUUACAAAACCAUAAUGAAUAUAUUCUAUUGGUUGGAUCCAAAAUUGCAAGAUUUUCACAUCAACAUGGAUAAGGAGUAUGGCGCUAACUGCUCAGAUCUCAGCUUUGAACGUAUAAAAAGUACAAUCGAUGUUUUCGCUUGGGGUCACUUUCUGGGCUGGGCCUUCAAGGCUGUACUCAUACGGCACGCUGGCAUUCUGUGGGCUAUUUCAGUGAUGUGGGAAAUUACCGAAAUCACCUUUGCACAUUUGCUGCCGAAUUUCGUUGAAUGUUGGUGGGAUGCGCUCAUCUUGGAUGUGCUUAUCUGUAAUGGUCUGGGCAUCUGGGUGGGCUUAAAAAUUUGCAAAGCGCUCGAAAUGCGUGAAUACAAGUGGGCGAGCAUUAAAGAUAUCUCAACGACGACGGGUAAAAUUAAGCGCGUUGUAUUGCAAUUUACACCAGAGAGUUUCACAUCCAUACGAUGGUUGGAUCCGAAGUCCACAGCGAUGCGCUUUGCGGCCGUUUGCCAAUUGGUUGUAUUUUGGCAGGUGACUGAACUGAAUACAUUCUUCCUCAAGCACAUUUUUGAAAUGCCACCCGAUCAUUACCUUGUCAUUGGUCGCCUUGUUUUCAUUGGCCUCUUUGUAGCGCCCUCAGUGAGGCAAUACUAUACGUACGUGACUGAUACACGUUGCAAACGUGUCGGCACCCAAUGUUGGGUAUAUGGCGCUAUUAUGGUCUCAGAAGCAAUACUUUGCCUGAAGAACGGCAAAGAGCUUUUCGAACGUACACAGGCCAUAAAUAUUGUUAUGUGGUUAAUUACGCAGGUCGUCGUAUCAGUGGCCUUUGUUUACGGUUGCAUGCUGUGGCAGCGUGCACAGAUCAAAUAUAAUGAAUUAACAGAAUCGCCUAGCAAAAAGGGUAGAGCACAAAAUGGCAACGAAGAAAGGGGCAAGAAAUCACCAAAAAAAUCUCCAAAGCGCAACCUACAGAAAAUUGAAUAAAAUUCAAAAGUUAAACUUAAACAGAAAGACAAACAAAAAAAUAAGAACUACAAGAAACAAACUAAGUCAUAGCAUUCGACAUCUCUUCCCCUUAUAAAAAACUGAAUAAAUUAAAUAUGUUAUCAAAGCUAAUUAUAAUUUUUUUCAAAAACAAAUUCUAAAACUUACAUAUACAUAUAUAUUGGCUGGUUCAUUUCAUAUUAUCACAACUAUUUAGCAAUAAUAUAUAGUACAUAGUUAUAUAUAAUCAAAAUAUGCAAACGAAUGUAUGUACUGAUUAAAAUAAUUGUAAUUAAAAACAAAAAAAAGCAGCAAAAUGACAACCAAGCUUGUACAACCCGCGACCAAACGAAAGCGCAUCAACAUUUUGAGCAGUUUUGACUAAUUUUCUUUUCUUUUUUUGUUUGAAGGCUCAUUACUUUUGUAUAGUAAGUAUAGCUCACAAUCUAAAGAACCUACAUAAAUCGGAUUUUAAAAUUGUAUACAAAAUUUAGAAAAAUUUCAUAUACAUUUUUCAUUCCACUUCCACUGUUUUUAAUUAGAAUUUAUGCAAAAAUGUUUAGUAUGCAGUUUUAUAGCUUAUUAAAUUUUAGUAUCAUAGAGUGCCACUUUGGAGUUGCGAAAAUCCGGUUGAUAUUUUAUAAUUUUUCCCCAUGACGUAUUGUGCAUUUUCUUCAUAAAAAAAAAAAAUAGAUUUGUCGUGGGCUGUAUAGAAAAACUAGUUCAAAAAGUUAGUUGACCAAGGGGAAUGUAGAAAAUUCACAACAAUGUAAACUUAAAAUGGAACUUAAGGGGGAACAAUUAAAAAAAAAACUUAGACUAAAAUGCAAUAUCAAAUUUGCUAAAAAAUGCAACAGAUAUAUAAAAGCGGAAAAUUGCAAAAAAAAAAAAGAAAA